AUGGCAGAAGCAAUCACCAACCAUGACGCCAAAAUGAAGCGACUGUUGGAUCGAUGCGGAGAGCGAGGAGUGAAGCUGAAUGGAACGAAAUUUUUGCUUAAGCAAACGUCAGUUCCUUACAUUGGUCACAUUCUUACAUCUGCAGGGGUGAAACCUGACCCAGCCAAGAUUGAGGCGAUCAUUACGCUCAAAUUGAGAAGUAACUCUUGGUGA